AACUUAUACGUAAUUACCAGUUUUUUUAUUCAGUACUCUCUCAAUUUAUUUAUAUCUGCUUGAAUAGUUUCUAGGGUCCUUCGUUUACGUUUUAGUCAGUACUUAAAUCAGUUUAUGCCCUUUCUGUUUUUAGCAUGAGUGAGAAGUGUGUGACAUGCCGUAGGAUCGUUAGUUCUGUGGUAUGGUGUGAUAGGUGCUGUGGUUUCUUUCAUUGGGGCGAAUGUAGUGGCGUGGGAAAUGGGGACAUAGAUGAGGCUCACCAGUGGUAUUGUAGGAUCUGCAGUAGAGAUAGGAAAAUAUUGGAACAGGAAGGGAAAAUUGCAGCUCUUCAAGCUGACCUAGACAAGGCAAGGGAGGAUCUGGACAGGUUAAAGAGGGAGAAAGGUGAACAGAGGUGGGAAGUGGCAACAGGUAAUAGGGGGAACAGGCAAAGGAGAGCAUCAGACAGCUUUGUCAUAAAUCUUGAAAAUAGAUUUGACCUGUUGCCUCAGUCAGAAUUGGAUGAGCCUCAUGUAGCUGAAGCUGUAGAAAGGGCACAACAAGCUUUCAAGGACUUGAAAAAGGUAGGGAAAUUUGUAAAGAGAAAGAAAGUUCUGUUGUUAGGUAGUUCCCAUGGUAGAUGUGUUGGCCAACUACUGCAGGAAAAUGUAGGUCCAGAGUACCAGGUCAGAAACUUUUUCAAGCCUAGUGCAGAUCUGGGUCAGGUAACAGAGGAUGUAGGUUCUCUAUGCAAGGAUUUCACAAAGGAGGAUGUCGUGGUUAUAGUGGGUGGUCCUGGAAAUAGCAUUGACAGAGACUCUGAAUAUUCCAUAGAGAGUGACCUGGUGAAGAUAGCAUCAGCAACGAAGCAUACGAGUGUUGGAUUUGUGUCGUCUUGAGACACCAUGAUCGGCCUCAUUUGAACUCUUCUGUAGGGAGAGUGAACUUGGAGUUGGAGUGGCUGCUUAGGACGGAUAUAGGAUCCCAUAUUGGUUUGAUUCCUGUGGAUGCUAUUGAUAGGUGGGACUACACUAGGCAUGGCCUUCACCUCAAUAGGAAAGGGAAAACUGUCCGGGUUGAUUGCAGAAAACUUAAGGGGGGACACUGUCACAAGUAGUAAAAUACCAGUGCUCACGGGUGUCAGAGGGAUGCCUUUUUUACGAUAGGGAAGGGAGAAAGAAAACUAGUUUUAAGAGAGAUUGGCAGACACACUCAGUUUGAGAAAACAGAUGAACAGGAGUCAGAUUUUAGCAUACAGCCUCCAUUUAAACAAUGUUUAACAGAAAGUAAUCAGAAACUGCCAGAAGGCUAUUUACACCUACAUUGAAAAUGUACUUAAUUCAUUAAAUAACAAGUUACAAGCAUCAGGUAUUUUCUGUGAUUUGUCAAAGGCAUACGAUUGUGUGAACCACAACAUCCUUUUAAAUAAAUUAGAAUUCUGUGGUGUCACGGGCAGUGCCGCAAAAUGGUUCAAGUCAUACCUCGCUAACAGGAAACAAAGGGUGUCAGUGCAAGGUGCUAGUGAAUUAAGUCAUCAGUCAUCAUCAGAAUGGGAAGAAAUUACAUGUGGUGUCCCUCAAGGAUCCAUCUUAGGGCCAUUGCUUUUUCUUGUGUACAUUAAUGAUCUCUCAUCAGUUACACUGCCAGAAGCAGAGUUCGUUUUGUUUGCAGAUGACACAAGUAUUGCAAUAAAUAGUAUGUUGAGUGUAGUUCUAGAAAGAUCUGCUAAUGAUAUUUUCAUGGAUAUUAAUAAAUAGUUUAAAGCCAACUCACUGACAUUAAACUUCGAAAGGACUCACUAUAUGCAAUUCAGAACAUGUAAGAGUUUUCCACCCAGCAUAUGCAUAAAGUAUGAAGAAGAGCAGAUAGAAGAGGUUGACAGCCUUAAAUUCCUUGGAUUACAACUUGAUAAUAAAUUCAGUUGGGAGGAGCACACCACAGAACUGCAGAAACGCAUUAACAAAUCUAUAUUUGCAAUUCGAGUGUUAGCAGACAUAGGCGACAUAAAAAUGAGAAAGCUUGCAUGCUCUCCCUACUUUCAUUCCAUAAUGUCAUAUGGUAUAAUAUUUUGGGGUAACUCUUCAAGUAAAACAAAAUUUUCAGAGUCCAAAAGCGUGUAAUACAUAUUAUUUGUGGAGUAAAUUCACGGACGUCCUGUAGAAAUCUCUUCAAAGAACUGGGUAUACUAACUACUGC